AUCGACACAUAUCAUAACACGGAAGUCGAAAUGAAUUUAUUUUCAAACGUUAUGUCAUACGGUGCCACACGGAUGGUCAAAAUAUGAAGUGCAAUGAGUUAUGAGUUUUUAGACACAAAAUAACACACAAAAACAGAGUUUGAGUGCCUAAUUAUAUUGAAAAAUGGACUUGUAAACACAAUACAAUCAUCAUGACAGAAUUAAAAGCGUGUAAAGUGUGUAACAUCGCCCGGCAGAAGUGCUACGGCCUGGCGGUGGCAUCUCUGGAUCAGCUCAAAAUAAAAGGAUGUGAGGCUCUUGGGUUCAGUCCCUGUACAUCAGUCACAGUAGUGCUAGAAUAUGAUGGGACCGUCAUAGAAGAUGAGGAUUACUUUCUGUGUCUGCCUGCAAAUACGAAGUUCAUGCUAUUGCAUGACAAGGAAACGUGGUCGCCUGCGCAUCAAGCUGACAGAGGAACUGCAGGGCCUAGCAGAGAGUCUGUUCAUCUGGUGGUAGGUGCAGUGGACAGUGUUGAUGGGGCCGAAUCCUGGCACAGUUUGGCAGAGCAGCUCAGACAGGACCUGGCCAGCAUUAUCCUCAUGUCCGAGGCAGAUCUCCAGAGUUUGAUUGAUGCGCCAUGCUCCAGUCUGGCCUCAGCACUGGGCUUCUCACAGCAGAAAACACAGGUCCUGCAGGACACAUUGCAGAGAAUGCUAGACCGCAGGGAAGAGGAGCGACAGUCCAAAGAAUUACUGCAGCUCUAUCUGAAAGCUAUUGAGCAAGAAAACAGCCAAGAGCCACAAGAAAAAAGCUCUAAACUGGAUGAGACAGAUGGGGUGCAGGUGGAGUCCGUGGCAGGGUUCAGUUCCAGAACACUAAUGGUGCUGAAGGACAAAACCCAACCAGAGACCAGACUCUCCAGUGAGGAACUACAGAUGGUGUUGAGGCUGGGAGUGAAGGUCAUGAUGGAGAUAUUGGUCUGGGACAGUGAGAGGGCAGCACUACUUGUGCAGGCUUGUGAGGGUGAGCUCAGUAAACGUCUGCAGCAGGUUCAGGCCCUGCAGUCCCUCAGUGCUCAACGCCAGUCCACUUCACAACCACAGACUGAGGGAGAGACCAGAGCCAAACGCCGCAAAUAACAAACAUACUGAGAAUAUAAAAGGCAGACUGGUCAAUAAUCUUGGACAAAUUAAUUACAGUUCAUAUAAUAAUAAACAAACUUUUAUACAGAUUUUGGUCAGUGAUUAUCUUGAUAAUGGGUAUAUAGUCUUGUAAGUGAGAAAUGUCAAAAGUCGCAAACUUUGGUGUGUAUUUUAUGUUAUGUAGAUGAAUAAUUAUUUCAUAUGUUCCGUCAUCCACACGAGUGGUUAUGUUUCGAAACAAGAAGCGGUAUUGAUCUGUAUGAUAUUCCAACUUUCUCAUUUAUUAUCCGUAAAGUGGACCAUGAACCCAUCUUUAGAGGGGUUGUUUGGUGAUAACAGUAUGCUGUGUUAAACAAAAAGUUAAUUUGUUAAAGAAAAGAAAAAAAUCAGCUGUUAAAUUACAAGUAAAAAUGUUUGAAGCAGGUAAUUUAGAAAAUCUAAUGUUACUUGUUUUGUUUUUCUAAAGGGAAGUAUUCUGUCCAUUGAUUGAUUCCAGUCCAAAUUUAGUGUUCUUUAAUAUAUUUUGGAUGACAUUUAUAUACUUAUUAGCAUUUAAUGCAGCAUUUAUUAUAUAGCCCAGUGAAGGAGUGGAUUAUCAUUUUGUGGUAUUGCAAGGUUCACUAAAUGUGUCAAAUUGAAAAUGUUAGCAAUUAAUGCCAUGGGGUGCAUGCUUUUUUUUGUUGUACAGUUCACUUGCACUUGUUGGAACAUCAUAUGAUUAAAAACAAUUUUGACCAAAAAAAAAAAAGAUAUCUUUUUGUACAAAUUACGUUAUAUGUCUUUUUUAUGUUACUGUGUGUAUAUAUACUGUGUAUAUAUAUCAUUGAAGUUUGGACAUUUAUACAAUAAAUUAUAUUAUAUUUAUUGUAUAAAUAUCGUUAUAUUUCAGCUUAUCUGAGAACAUUGAGAGCAAUGAUAUAAUGUAUACAUAGAUAUGUAACGACCUCCUUUAUCUGAGUGGCUGAAAAAGUAAUGAAGAAACCUUUCUAAGCACAUAUGUACCUAUUCAGAAAAAAAGUCUUGUUAAAAGCUCCUUUUUCGUUGAGGAUGUAGUUCCACCAAACAUUGUAAUGAGCACGUGUUGGCUUUGAUUGGCGUUGGGUGUGAUUGUGAAGCCAGUCAGUCAGACUUAGUGCUGCAUUAUAGCCAUGAUGUUUUACUCUUUAUUUCAAUUUCUGAACUCUAACCAUUGUUAGGCUAUAUGCCAACAAUCUGAGUAUCACUUCAACUGAAUGUAGUGAAUGUUCCUGAGGAAUUCAUUAAACUGCUGUAAUGUAUGCAGUCCUCGAGCGAAUGCUUCUGGUAAUGGGCUUCACAGUGUUUGUAGUUCUGUUGCCUGAGCCCUCUCGUCUUGAAACCCUUAACAGAUGAUGUUAUCAGGGUUUUUUUUUUCUUUCUUUCUCAGUAUUACAGCAGGAUAUCAAGCAUGUCUUGUCUAUGAUUGUUUUGGGAAAUAUAAGAAAUCAGAACAUUAUUUUUGUGAGGUUUCUUUUUGUGUGUGUGUGUAUGA